GGCAUUCCGCCUGUUGAGCCAGUGUUCACGUAUUGCAUCACAGGUGGAACGACUAAUUGUGUUGUACCUGCAUCGACGAAGUACAUCAUCGCGGUCACAAAUCUAACUUGAAAUUUCGGAAGGAUCCCGCUGUAGAUUUCGGUCAUUUUCGCCAGUUCACGUGAUUCUUCGUUUUCACGUGUCAUACGCCAUACGCGAGCCUUGUUUCUUCCGUCCACUCAAACCGGAAGCUGAUCACAUGAGCCGAGGAUCUAUUUCUAGUUGGCAGGAUUAUGGACGCAGAAGUUCUGUUACGAUGCCACAAUUCAGUGGCGGUCCGGUGGAAUUUAUGACCUGCGAUGACAUUGAGUACAAAAGAGACGAUGGUUGGUUUCUAUCCUACACAAAGAUAGCUGCAAUUAUUGUGGUUUUCGUAAUUGGUAUCGUUGCUGCCGGUUUCCUCGGAUGGUACAUAAAUUCUUUACCAAAGAAAAAGCCUUACGACUCGAUCGAUUUGCUUAACGAUGAAAUCGAGGAACCGAGUAUUAUUCCAGAGACUCUAACCUCUCCUUUCAUUCGUCCGUUGAAAUAUCGUCUACAAUUAAUGCCAAUGAUUAACGUAAACAGCGUGUCGUGGCUGAGGGGUACUGUAGUUAUCGAGUUUCAAGUAAACGACAGGACUGAUUUAACUAAGCUGUCUUUAAACGCGAAGAACAUCACGGUAAAUGGCUAUAAACUGUCGUUGAUGGAGCAGCGGGACGACAAAACACGAUCAAAAAAGAGGCGACGAAGGAAAGUUACUCGUGACACUCAUUCCGAUAAGAACGACAUAGUUUUAUCAACAACGGCGACCGAAACCAUUCCGCAUGAACAAAACGAAAACCAUUCGUCUGAAAAUUUGACAUCCGUUGAAGGAUCUACAGCAUCCGUAAUAAAUGACAACGUUACUAACACAAAUCAGUCUAAUGUUAUAAACUCGUAUCCUGAUAUCUCAGUAGCAUCCCUAUCAGAUAUAGAAAUUACAGAAUAUUUAAUUGACGACAAUAAAGAAAUUCACACGAUUUCCUUGGGAAAACCAAUUCAAGAUGGAAUUUAUUUGAUGAAUAUCGAUUAUGAGGUCCAGGUCGAUGAAAGUGCGUUUUUUAUUUCAAAUUAUACUUCUGAGCAGGAACAGUGGUUGAUGGGGACCAAGUUAAAACGGUUUGGAGCCAAGUAUCUUUUGCCAGUUUUCGAUGAUUCGGAUCAAAAAGUUGUUUUCUCCGUAUCUGUGAUACAUCCGAAGCAAAUAUUUGUCCUUUCCAAUAUGCCUUUGAGAACUUCGAAGGAUACCGAGGAUUCAACAAUGGUAGUUGACGCGUUUAACGAGUCUCCACCACUCUCGCCUCACAAUUUAGCAUUUCUGAUGGGCCACAUUGAGACUAUGGGCGCGACAUUCAUAGCAGACACGAACGUAGUCGCAACAUUCUGGAGCGAUCCGAAAAGACGCUCACAAGGGAUUUACCUGUUCGACAAACUCGAGCCAGCUGUCAUGAACCUGAUCGACGUGUUCCCGAUACCUUAUACCCUGCCCAAGUUGGACCUAGUCGCCUUGCCACCAGGGAUCGACGAUAGCAUUGCUAGUCCGGGAUUAAUCGCAGUCAAGCAGUCAACAUUCUUUGUCAAUGAAAAAUCGUCAGUGGUCACGAAAACUGGCGCUUUGCAGUCUCUUGUGAACUUAUUCGGGCAACAAUUGCUCGAUGAAUUUAUGAACGUGAAUCGAACGGACGCGUGGCUUUUCAAGGGUUCACUGUUGUAUUUCCAACACUUAAUCAUUCCAAAGAUAGAUUCGUCAUUGAAUUUGAGUAAUUCCUUCAUCAUUGAUGUACAGGCGCAAGUCAUGGAUAUUGAUAGUUACAGCAUUUCAAGGCCAUUCCAUGAAAACGUCAAUUAUCGACUGCUGCAAUCACUUAACGACGAAUAUGCAAAAAGUGCAUGUCUGAUACGCACGUUGCAUGGUGCAAUAGGCGAUACAGCCUUUAGGAAUGGAUACAAGAAAUUGGUGACUAGGUGGAAAUUUAACACUACUUACCUCACCGAUUUCAUGACUGUUAUGGCGGAGGAAUUGGGACAUCCACUAUCCUCUGACAGUACCUUGGAAGAAUCGAUGAAUUCAUGGAUUUAUCAAGGCGGAUAUCCCCUCGUUACUGUCUUAAGAAAUUACGAGGAGGAUUCUAUUACUCUUUAUCAGGAACAAUACACAUUAGAUAGACCAUUAGAAAACAUUUCAAAAUAUUGGUUCAUUCCACUGUCAUAUGUUACCGAUACUGGCAAUUGGUCAACUCCAACGAGAAAAUUAUUUCAAUCAGAAGCAAAAUUAGAGUUACACAAUGUUGUUGCCAACGAAUCCUGGAUUCUCUUUAAUAUUAAUAAAACUGGUUACUAUCGAGUACAUUACGACGAAAGAAAUUGGAUGUUAUUGAAAACGUCGUUGCACGUAAAUCACGAGUUAUUCCCGCCAGAAACGAGGGCGUCACUCAUAGACGACAUUUUUAGUCUCGCUGCGAUGGGUUUGAUGAAAUACGAGACUGUCUUUGACUUUAUUAAAUAUAUGCAGAUCAAGGAGAGGCAUUACCUGCCGUGGACGGUGUUGAUGCGACAUGCAUUCAAAUUAAAUAGACUUCUAUACGAAACUACGGUCUUCACCGAUUUCCAGGAGUUUAUGGUGAAUUUUGUGUCGGCAUUGUACGCUGAAGUCGGAUCGAAAAUUGAGGAAGGCUCGCAUCUCACGAAGAUUGCUAUAAAAUUGGCGUGUGGCUUUGAUCACACGGAAUGCUUGGACUGGGUCAAAAGUACAUUCGAAAAUGCUAAGACUGAUAACGAAAUUACAGAAACUGUACCGUCGUACAUCCGCCAGACAUUUUAUUGCACCCUUGCACGUUAUGGUACAAAAAAAGAAUGGAAUUACUUUACACAAAGAGUAGCUGCAAUCGACGACGAAGCUGAGAGGAAACGUUUAUUAACGUCGUUCGCUUGUUUCCAAGCGCCCUGGAUAUUACAAUACAUUCUCAACGAGAUCGUUCACGAAGAGACAUUUCGUCAAGGUGAAAUCGUAGUAAUUUUAAAAGCGUUCCCUCUGAACCCAGCCGCGGCUCAGGCUGCAGCUCGAUUCGUACGAGCCAAUUGGCAAGAUAUUUCCGACAAAUUUUCUGGAUCCUAUGCGUUGCUAAAAUUCUUUGUAUUAUCGAUGAGUAAUGGCUUAACUACUGAACAAGACUUGGAGGACCUACAAGCAUUCAGGGAGAAUAAUUAUGAAAGCAUGAAAGGAACUAGGUACGCAGCAGCUCUCGUCGAAGCGAAUGGAAAUUUCAUAAUAUCGUGGUUGCAGAACUCAUUACCGGAAAUUGAGAAGUUGAUGAAAACAGACGAAGCCAAUAAGACUUCGACUUCAUCGGUAUAAGAACAAAACAAUUAGAGAUUUCACAUCGAAAAAUUACGCGUCUAGUUUUCUUUCCAUUUGUCGAGAAUUGUUAAAGGAAUAAGAUUAGUUUGUGAAUUGUCAUAAAAAAUUUAGCAUUCUUCACUCUUGUUUGCACAGUAAAAAUUUUUCAUGAAAUUAUUGUUUAUAAAAGUGGGAAAACUGCAUUCCUGCAUUGAUAAAACUACGUAAGAUAAUAAAAACAUACCUUUAAUCGAUAUCAACUAAUUAACUUAUUUAUAGUUGCUUAACAGUACUUAAGUUGAUAAUUAGUAUUCAGUAAUUCUAAAUACAACAAAAUAACUACGAGUAACACUUGCAUUACUGUAAUGACUAGAGAAUCUCAGAAAAUGUUCAUUUAUUAUUUAAUAAUGUUGUGUAUUUUAUUUUGUUGUACUUAUGAGGCGGCCACUGUAACGUUACAGAACAUGAAAAUACUUACUAUGCUCUUUGUCAGUCAUUACGCAAACAAACUGUCAGCUUGAAUACUCGAAAAUAUUUUUGUAAUAAAUACAUUGUUAAAAGUUCUA